AUGGUUCCAUGGAACCACGGUUCGGAUUGGAAUCCUUCCAAAACCGUUGUUUGUGUGUGUUCUAUCGAUGAUUUGUUCGUUGGCUUUCAAGAAAUAAUAUCGGAAAUAGGCCUGCCGAACGUGACGUGGGUUGGCACGACUGCUAACUACGCCACCAAAGACCCAAACGAAAUCAAAAUAAUCCUCAACAAUUCUCUGGACAAAAGCAGCAACCAUAAAUUUCUCGAAUUCGCCUUCGGGAAUUCUUUAAUACUUGCGCCUGUGGAACAAUGGAAGAAGAACCGAAAAAUAUUUGCCAAAGCUUUCACCCAGAACAUUUUAGAUAGAAACGUGACGAUUUUCAGCGAAAAAAGCGACAUUCUUUUGCACGUAUUAAAACAAAAAAACGAUGAAGCUAAUUUGUUUAAUAUCUUCGAAAAUUUCGCCAUGGACAGUUUUUUGGAAACCACAAUAGGGGUUGAUUUCAAUAUACAACUCAAAAAACAUACAAAAUAUUUCGAGAUGAUUCAUCAGUAA